UCAAGUGUUAGACUAAAUGAUUGUAUAUUAACCCUUUGAUGCUUGCAUGCGGAUGUUGUUGUUGCAUAAUGUUUUUAGCUCAUUGGUCAUAUCAUGAGGUGGUAUCCAUUGGAGCUAAACUAAACAUAAUUCAAUGAAAAACAAAGCAUUCAACUUUAGAUUAUAAAGGAAUCUAGUGGCAUAACCUAGGUAGCGACAAUCCUUACAUUUAUGUAUCUGUUCAUGGAGGGUAUAAACCUUGAUCCAUACUCCAUAGAUAGUUGUUCAGCUAUUAAUAAUACAUAGUGUCAAAUUAGAUAUAUGGUUUAUUUAUAGUAAUCAGAUUCUUCACUUAUAUAUGUCCGUAUACAGUUUGUGUAUAACAUAUGUUGUUCACUAAUAAAAAGGAUAUUAUACGUUUUCCUGUCCGCACUAGCACACAUUCCCAGCUCAUAAUUAGCACAUUAUAACGUUAAUAUUUGUAUAAAUUGUGUGUACUCCACAUGCUUAUGAUCACGUUAGAUCAUAAUAUUAUAUUUUUUGUGUUUAUUGUGUAAAAUCAUUGAUGUAAAAGUAGAAUAUCGAAGCGCUAAACACUAUCUUCUAUUCAGCAAGAGGCCUUGAUCACGUGUUGUCUUUUUCCAACCCAUCUGUCAACACUCUAGCAGUUUCUACCUUAAUUCUUAUCAAUGUAAUUGGCAUUUGUCACGUUUUGGUUUUUCUUGAAAUCACGUACGUAGCAGGGUCUGGCACCUUGUGUCGGUGUGGUGAGAUCAGGAUACCCAUAUCAUUCUUACACAGAAACAGAGUUUGCAGCAACAUAUGCUUGGAGAAAACUAGUGAUACGAGUUUUGGUUUGAGCUUCAGUUUCAUGUUCUCUGGUUGAGUUAUCUGUGCUUGGUAAUGAAGUGGACGACAAGGUCCACAAUUUCUUCGAGCAGGGCAACUUGUCCAAGGGGCAGCAUUAGCCACAAGUUGCUCGUGGAAAUUGGCCUUUUUUUGACACCAAUACACGGGCUCGAAACCAAAGACAGAUUGAGAUCCCUUCCAUUUCCGAUUUGAAGAAUUACAAUCCCCUGAUAUCAGAUUUUGUGGUAAGCAAUGGGUGGCACUUUUCAGAAAUGCGACCUGGCUUAGGUAUUGCAUGAGUGUCACUACACCUGAGUUAAGUGUUAGGCAUUCUGGAAAUCAGCAUCUGAGUUCGAAUGGGUCGUUUUUGCUUGAGCAACAAGGUCAUACAGGACAGUAUCGGGGUGAGUUUCGCGGAGGGUGUGCAAAAUUGGGUACAUAAUCUUGCAUCGAGAGGCUUAUCAUUUCGUGAACCUUGGCUAAGGAAUGCUCCAGAACUCAGUCCUGCCUUGUCAAGAACUUAGAACAGUCAGAAAUUGGUCAUAUGAGUUUUAAUUUCCUCGAUGGUCAACAACAGAUCACGAGGGCCCCGCAACCAGGGAUGCCGCUACAUGGCCCAAGGCUGCAAAUGGGGGUUACUGACAUACAGGCAUGGCAACAGCAAAUUAUGUAUAACCAGUUGCAAGACAUUCAGAGGCAGCGGCAACUAGACCAAGAAUCAAGAGAACUGAACCGGAUGAACCAGCUAUCCGCUACCUCAAAUCAGUCAAUUGGUGAUCUGUUACCAAGACUUGGUAAUGGGUUACAUAUUCACAAUGCAUCUAGUAAUUUCUGGCCAGCCGAGCACAUGGGAGGUGAUUCUAAAGUACCGACUACCUCAGAAAUGCCUAUGGUUAGUAGCACAAACUGGUCCCAGGAUGGUGGUUCCUCUGCAGCGCAAAGAUACCCUGCUGGGCUUAUUUCAUCGUUUGAGCAGGGUCAGGUACCACAUUCAACGGGGUUCGUUCCUGAUCAGCUUGAUCAGUCUCUAUAUGGUACUCCAAUUGCUAGCAUAUGGGGUGGUCUCAGUCAAUAUUCUAAUAUUCCUGCUGACAUGUUAACCAAGGUGAAUGCAUCAGCUGACGAUUUUCAUUUGAAGCAGCAGCAAGCAGAUUGGCCUGAAAAUACACAGUAGAACAAUGGUUUGGAUGCUUCUUCUGGUGGUAGUAGCAGCGUUACAGGAGGCUAUGAACCCUUCGAUGGGUUUUCUUCUAUGCAGAGUGGAACCUGGAGUGCACUGAUGCAGUCCGCUGUGGCAGAAACUUCUAGUAAUGACACCGGGAUACAGGAUGAGUGGAGUGGUUUAAGUUCUCAUACAACACAAAUGUCAACUGGGGCUCUGGAUGCAACUACGGGUGGCAGUUCACAGCGGAAAGAUUGGGGUGGUCAAAAUAGGCACCAUGUCUCUUCUGUGACUUCAAGACCCCUUCAGUUGUUUGAUGAUUCAACUAUGAAUCGAAGCAGUGACAGUGCCUCUCGUGAAUAUGCUGGCCAGCCUCCUGGAGGAUCUAUCAAAUGGUUAAAUCAUUGCUGUGAACAAAUGCCACACACACUUGCUGAAGAUAGUUAUCAGGUGCAGCCGCACAUGCAUCCAGAAAAUUUUGCUGGAGCAGCUUGGCCUGGUCCAAUUUAUGAGGAGUCGAAAAAUGCUGCUCAUUUUGGGGACAUAGGGUUAAAUGCUCAAAACAUGGGUGGCUUUUGGAUCCAAGGGCAUACAUUUCCAUCCGAUAACACUGAAAACCAAAUUCCGAAUAGACAGAAUGGUUUGAGUACGAGAGAGAUACCAUUGGCUAAUGGAUUUGUGUCACUGAUAGUGCAUGAGAACAAUAGCACCAUGCAACACAAUCAAACAAAUGAUCUUAACAUAGGAAUGCAUCUGGUGAGGGAUCAUGAUGGCGGGAUGUUGAAUGGUUGUGAUAAUCAUGAUGCCAAGAGAGAAUCUUCUUACAUGAGGAAGUCUACAGCUGGGCCGAAUUCAGACCUGGCCAAGGUCAAUCAGCCAGCAAACCUGCAGGUCCAAAAUAAUAAUCAUAUUAAGUUCGGAAUCCAUGUGAAUUCCAUGGUUAACUACAGAGGAGAUGAUACUACGACAAAUUGUCAAAAUCAGGGGAACAAGAAAGAAGUCUCUAAUAUGAGCUACAACUCUAACCGAUCACAUCAAAUUAUUCCAGAUGGUCCAAGAGAGACUUUGUUGUCAAGUCCUAGUUAUUCUCGUUCUUUGGGGAAGGGUAACAAAAAAUUCAUGAGUCAAGUUGGUCGGAAGGUUUCUGGGGUUCGCAAAUUUCAGUAUCAUCCAAUGGGAGAUUUGGCUGCAAACAUGGAACCUGUUGACAAAAGGGUUCAGAACCUGUCACAGCAUGUCAGUGGUGGAUCUAGAGGUAUUGGGCAAGGUUAUUCUGGUUACGGCAAUUCUGCUCAAAUAGUUACUCAGGGGCAGACAUGGUUAAAUCCCACUUCUUCUGUGCAGCCUUCUGGCAGAGGCCAUUGGUACAGUAAAUCUGGUAUAUCUGGUGAAGCAAAUGAAACCUUGCAGCAACAGAUGCCUGCUGGAACAUAUACAGGCACUUUGCCAUAUCAAAGACAUCAGUUGCAGCAUCAACAGGUCGGAUCUGGUGCAAGUGCAAACAUAAACACACAUCAUACUCCUGGCACGACUAUUAAAAUUCCGCCUUUUAAUCUUUCUCAGGUGCAUCAUUCUCAGGUGACGGGCAGCGAGUUGAGGGUUCCCAUGCCACCUCUCCCAGUGCUAGAGUCUACACCUGUCUCUAGACCUUCUGCCUCGCUGGGAGUUUCACUGGGUUCAUUUCCGAUGACUCCAAAAAAUUCGUCCAGUCCCCAGUGUGGGGUAAGUUCAGCACUUUCCAUUAAUACUUCAAAUAGGAAUAUGGGAAGAACCUCAUGGGUCCAGAAACAAGAUUAUCAGGGUACCAAGAAAAUGGGAGAUUCAAAGCACUAUGCCAAUGGGGAAGAGUAAACUGGGAAGAAAAGCUCCUUGCAAGAGGUUCACCUUGGUCGAGACACGUCAAGUGCGUCCCUAGGGCAAGAAUCUUCUGAAAAGCAUCUGCUUGAUGCAA